AUGGGUCGGCGUUAUUACUGCAAUUAUUGCGAUAAAACGUUUCCAAAUAAUUCACAAAAUCGACGUAAUCACACUCGUGGUAUUCAACAUACUAUGUUAAAACGUUUAUAUUAUACAAAAUUCAAAGAUCCAAUGUUGUUAUUACAAGAAGAACAAACAAAACGUUUUUGUAAUAAAUUUGCUCAGCAGGGUUAUUGUGAAUUUGGCGAUAAUUGUAAAUAUUCACAUUACACGAAUGAAGAUCUGAUUAAUAUUAUUCAACGCGCACAAGAAGACUAUAUACGGAAACAGAACACGUUAGAGAAUAAUAUAAAUCGUGACUUCGAUGUUAAUCGUUGGGUUGAAGAUAAACUAAAUGGAAUUAACUCUUAUGUUCAAACACAACAACAACUGUCGAUGUCUCAACUUCACAUGCCACCAUCUUUAAGACCGUAG